AUGGUUGCAGGAAGGAAUGGUGACAUUAAUGUUGAGGCAGUAAUGAGGUGGACUAGUGCGAUUGGACAAGCGCCGCACGAGAGUGAUGGUAAUGGAAGAAAGGAUGAAUUUCGUGUUUUUGGAGAUUUCCGAAAGUGCAAUCCGCUGAUCUUUGAAGGAAAGUAUGGACCAGACAAAGCACAGGCAUGGAUGAGAGAUAUUGAGAAGUUAUUUCAAGUCAUGAAUUGUACUGAUGUACAGAAGGUACGAUGUGCGUGGAAAGAAAGAAAUGAGGUUCUAAAGUUGAAGCGAGGAAGAGGACAAUCCAGCGGGAAACCAUAUGAUGACAAGAGAGAACAAUCUGAUUUUGGCAAGAAGCUAAGUGGGGGAGGAACUUCUACUCUACUUAAGUGUUUCGGAUGUGGUAUUGAAGGUCAUCAUGCCGUUGAUUGUGAUAGGACUCAUGUGACAUGUUUCAAGUGCAACAAGAUUGGUCACAAAGCACACAAGUGUAGAAUUGGUUCGAGUGAGAUUUAUUACAAUUGUGGUGAGCGAGGUCACAUUAGUACCAAAUGUGAUAAUCCAAAGAAGGAGCGAGCAGAAGGGAAAGGGAUUGCGUUGUCUGGUGCUGAGAUCAUGGCUAAGGAUGAGCUAAUCUGA